AUGCUUGCCGAGGGCCUCCACUUCGACGCUCUCAGCCUCGUUGUGUCUCUCAACUCUCGCUGCGUUGCCGGGCCUGGAAACCUCUCCAUGGUGGAGAGAAUCCACUCCUGGAUCCUGGAAAACGAUCGAAAACUCAGUGCCGCGACUGGAACAGCGCUGCUAAAGAUGUACCUCAAGUGUGGGAGCGUCGAGAGAGCCGAGAAAGUCUUCCAGGAGAUGGAACGUAAAGACUUGGACGAUUCUCAUCGCGGCACUGGGCGAGAGAGGCUCGAUCGAGGAAGCCAUGGUAGCUUUCCGAGCAACGCAGCUCGAUUGGAUCCCUUCACCCUCGUCGCCAUCUUCCAAGCUUGUGCCACACGGCUUGAAUCCAGAGAAGACGAUCGAGUGAAAGCUCUUUGCAACCAAGCCGUGGAGAGCGGCCUGCUAGCGUCGAGUUCCUGGAACGUCAUCAUCGCCACGGCCGUGAUUGGCACCUAUGGAAAGUGCGGCAGUGUCGACAAGGCGCUGGAAGUUUUGGAGAGAACUCCCAGGGAGUCGAGGGACGUCGUAGCAUGGAACUCGAUCAUCACAGUCUUCGUGGAGCAAAACAAGCCAGAGCUCGCACUCAAACUCUUGGAGGUGAUGGAGAGGAUCGAGCAAGGCGGCCGCGACUUGGUGUGCUGGAACAUGAUAAUCUCGGCGCUCGUCCAGCAUUCUCGGAGCAAAGAAGCACUGGCCUACUUCCGGGAGAUGAAUCUCCAAGGAGUAAAACCCGAUCGAGUGACGCUUGCUCCACUCAUAAGCAGCGCCACCUUUCCAGAGAACGAAUCCAAGUUGGUACUUUGCGAGAUCUCGCGGAGUGGACUCUCGAGUAACGCGGUCACCAGCAACGCCGUCCUAAACUUCUACUCCACGCGAAGGGCCGCAGGAUCGAAGAGGCGAGGAGAGUUUUCGAUGGAUUCCAAGAGCGAGACCUCGUAUCGUGGAACUCGAUGA